AUGUUUAUACAAGUUAUUGCUUUAGCUCUCAUGGCGUUUCCGCAAGCCUUGGCCCAUGGCGGUGUGCUGUCGAUUGCCAUUGGCAAUACUUGGUACAAUGGGUGGGCCCCAUACGAUUCUCCUACUGGCCAGACAACUAUCAUUCGUCCCUGGUCAAGCUAUAAUCCCAUUCAGGAUGCCACAGACCCCACUUUGUCCUGCAACGAUGAUGGUACUUCGGGGGCUCUGCAGUUGACUGCACCAAUCACUGCAGGCGAGAAGAUCACCGCGUACUGGAAUCAAGUCUGGCCUCACCCGUAUGGUCCAAUGCUUGUAUACAUGGCUCAAUGCCCGGGGACUACCUGCACCGGUGUAAAUUCCGACGCUCUGAGCUGGUUCAAAAUUGAUGAAUCUGGUCUCAUCAAUGGCACGAUUUAUGACGGAUUCUGGGGUGACGGACUCAUGAUCGCCGACAAUUCUUCGUGGACAACUACCAUUCCUUCGACUAUCCCCAACGGGCCCUACCUCAUCAGAUUCGAGACAAUCGCUCUUCACUCUUUGCCUGCGCAACUAUACCCCGAAUGUGCGCAGCUUAUGGUGACCGGAGGAGGGUCCUUAGCACCUACUGCUGCAGAGCUCGUCAAAUUCCCUGGAGCAUAUUCAAAUACCGAUCCAGGACUGACUGUCGACAUCUACUCCAAUGAGGCUCAGACUGAGACUACCUACCCAAUUCCCGGCCCUCCAUUGUACGGAUCAAAUGGUGUGACAUCGACUCCUGCGAGUCCCUCUGGACCUUCUUCGACGAGUUCCGUACCAACCACCUCCGUUAGCAGUAGUGCGCCAUCCUCAACGCCCACUGGCCCAGUUGUUCCCGAGUAUGGACAGUGUGGCGGUAUAGGGUUUACCGGAUCCACAACCUGUGCAUCCCCAUUUAAAUGCAACGUCGUUAAUGCCUAUUACUCUCAGUGCUACUAA